AUGGGAAAGGGCAAGGGUGGAGGAGUUAUGAGCAAGGAUGGCGGCGACGGUGCUGCGAGGAACCAGAGGGUAGUGGGAGAAAAAGAGUGGGCGGCAGUCGUCGCCGGGGCGGACAAUGCGCUUCGGGGCGAGAUUGACAGCCCCGACUGGCUGUACCUGGCCAUGAUGGAGGAGUUGGCAGCAAGACUAGUGGCUUUUUGGGGGCCAUCGCCGGGCGUCCUCGACACUGAAGCAGCCUGGUGGGGGACGCUGGACUCUGGAGGCUUCUUCCCGUGGCCAUACUAUAAUUUCCAUGGCUUUCGCAAGCAAUACAUAAGAAAAGCUUCAGAGAUCAAGGCCACGAGCAUAGAUAGUGCAGGGGCCAACAGGGGCUGGGAGUUCCAGAAGCACGGACAAGACCUGGAUGGAGACGAUGACCAGGAGUGUCUUCCAGCGGGCGUGGAUCCGCACCCAGGCCUUUGCAACGUUGAAAUCACCGCGACCGGGCCAAUAGCCAGUGGAGAAGAGCUCGGCGAGGUCUCAUCCAGCCAGAGGUUGCCCGCAACGAAGCCGAAGUCCCUUGGAGUCCCUGGCGUCUCUGGGCGGGAAAAGAACGGGGGAAAGGGGUCUCGCACUGGUCUGCCUGGCCUGACUGGUCUUGAAAAGUCCUUGUUCGCCGCCCUGACUAAUGUAAAAUUUCCUCGCGCUACCACUGACCAUAGACCAGGCACGGAGAUGGCCUCUCUGGGCCCUGUGUGA